AUGUCCGAUUCUGAUAAUGAUUCGUUUUCAGAUGACGGCGAAGAUGUCGUUCUUCUGACCAAUAAAAUUCAUGAACGCUCCAUUUCCUCCAUUUCCCCCCAUUCGAGUCCGUCUGCUGUCAAUAAGUCUUUCACCAUCACCCAUUCUGGACAGCUUUCUCUUGAUGGAGGCGUGGUCUAUGAGGAAAUUAGAGAGACAAAUGUCAGUUUUGGUCCCACAAAUCACAAUCUUGACACAGAUGCAAUGUCCACCAUUGUCUAUCCGUCCAAUAUGGAAGUUAGAAAGUACCAGGAAUCAAUAGUCAAGCACGCUCUCAUGGAGAACGUACUCUGUGCUCUUCCGACAGGACUUGGUAAGACUUUCAUCGCCUCUACUGUUAUGCUCAACUUUUAUCGCUGGAUUAAAGGGCCACCUGAUGGCAAAAUUAUCUUUAUGGCUCCCACCAGGCCACUUGUUGCUCAACAAAUGAGGGCUUGCUAUGGUAUUACUGGAAUUCCUCUUGAUGAUACCGCUGUAUUGUUAGACAUUUCCAAAAAAGAUCGUAAAGACUUGUGGACCACCAAACGUGUAUUUUUUUCUACUCCACAGGUGGUAGCCAAUGACCUUCGUUCAGGAAUUGUCGACCCCCGUCAAAUAUGCUGUAUUGUAAUAGAUGAGGCUCAUAGAGCCAGGGGUAAUUACGCUUACUGUACCGUUGUUGCCCAAAUCAACCGUAUCAACACAAGUUAUCGUAUUCUGGCUCUAACAGCUACUCCCGGUUCUGACACUGAAUCCGUUCAGCAGAUCAUCGACAAUUUGAGCAUCUCCAGCAUCGAGGUUAGGACGGAAAAUGACUCUGACGUCUCUCCUUAUGUCAAUUCUAAGGCUGUAGUCAAAGUCGAUUGUCCUGUUACUCCAGAGAUUGAUCAUAUCAUAGAAUUCAUAUGUGUCGCCAUUCUUCCCGCGUUGAAAAAGGCCAAUGCUGCUGGUAUUUACGAUAUUACUGAUCCUGCACGCAUCAACCAAUUCAGGGCUUUUGAGAAAUCCCGUGCGGUCAUUGCAAACCAUGGUCUGCCCGAAGGUUUGAAAUGGACUUACUUUUUCCAGCUCAAACUAUUGGCAGAAGUGGGUAUGUUUCUACGAAGACUCAAUAUUUACGGUAUCAAGACUUUCUACACCUUGUUUCUGAACAAGUAUACAGAGUUCACAACUAAAUAUGAGAUGAAGAAGUCCACAAAUCGUAUUGCUGCUUCGUUCUAUUACAAUGAUAGCAUUAAAAAGAUGAAGAGUUUUGUUGAGGCUCUUAUCCGAGAAGACGCUAGAAAGGCGGCGCGGGCUGAUUCGAGGGUUGUCGAGGGACUCUUCUCGCAUUCCAAGUUACAGGAACUCGUUCAUAGAUUGAUCGAUUUUUUAAAGGAGCAAGGUUCUCGUGGUGGGUUUUCUUCUGUUAUUGUAUUCACCGAGUUUAGAGAGAGUGCCUUAGAGAUUGUCAGAUGUCUUGAAAGUGCGAAUAGACUAGUAAAGAACGACACACCCAACUCUUCUGAUCUCCUUAGACCGCAUAUUUUUAUUGGACAGGCUAAAGAGAAAGAUAAAUUCGAUGAGGACGCUUUCAGGAACAAAAAUAGGAAGAAAAAAAGAGGUGAAAAGAAGCAAGAUGACGAUCCUUUACCUAAAAAACGUAAGACGGGUAAUGCUUCUGCCUCUAUAGCUGUACCUGCAUCACGUGUGGACUCAAGUGUAUCAGCUCAGGCGAAAGGUAUGACGCAAAAGGUUCAAAAGGAGCUUCUUUCAAAAUUUAAAGAGGGAAUAUAUAAUAUUCUUGUGGCGACAUCGAUCGGAGAGGAAGGUCUAGAUAUUGGAGAAGUGGAUAUGAUUGUCUGUUUUGACUCAACCUCUUCUCCUAUUAAGAAUAUUCAACGUAUGGGACGUACUGGUAGAAAAAGAGCCGGUAAUGUCGUGUUACUCUUUUCUGGAAACGAAAGAGAAAAGUUUGAGAAAGCUAUGGAUAAUUACCAGUGGAUUCAAAAUCAGAUACGUAGUGGGGACGCCAAAUUGGAUUUGCAUCCCUCCGAUAGAAUUCUACCUAAAGAAUACGAGCCCCAGAUUGAGUAUAGAAAGAUUGAAAUUCCUGAGGAGAAUAAGGAGGUAUUGGAGGAUGAAGGAAUGAAUGCAGAUGAUGCUAUCAUUGAGAAAGUUAAAGGGAAAACGAAAUCAAAAGGUAAGAAGACAAGGCCGGAAAAGGGAGGACGUCAAGCCAAAUUGGAGAAGAGGUUUUUCAUGCCAGAUAAUGUAGAGACGGGAUUUCGGCCUGCUUCGACAUUGGUGAGAAAAGUAAAGCAAAGUAAGGUUGAUGAAAAGAAGGAAGAGGAGUAUAAAAAGUCAGAUGAGACGUUGUUGAGUGAAAAUGUUGAUAGUGAUAAUGACCUGACUCCAAGUCAGCUACUUAGUUCUGUGAAUGCGUCGAAGGAUGAAUCUAUAAAAUCUUCUCAACCGAUUCUUAUUGAUCUUUCUGAAUUCACCGAUGACGAACUACGUGGAAAUGAGUUUAAAGAGGUUACUGGUGCGAUGAGAGAGACAAGUGAGAAUUUCAGUGAAGCUGAAAAGGCCGAGAAGCCCGGUGAAUCUGAAGCUCAGAAAUCUGGUGAAUCUGAAGCUCAGAUACCCGGUGAAUCCGAAGCUCAGAAACCGGGUGAAUCCGAAGCUCAGAAACCUGGUGAAUCUCAAUCUCAAUUGUUUCCUCUAGUUAUAGAGGACUCCGAAGGUGGUGAUGACAUUGAAUCCGACAGCUUCGCUAGCUUUAUUUCAGGUAACAUGAUAUCUUCGACUCCUCUUUCCAACAUUGACUCUGUAUUUACUAAUCAAUUCUCCCCUCGAGACGGGUUUAUGACAUCUCAUCAGGAGAUGCUAUUUUACUCGCAAUACUUUACAGAAGAUGAAAAUGCAUGCUAUGACCCAAGAAGAUUCAACGAGAUCGAUGAUCCACUCAUCUGCGUCAGAGGUGGUGGAAAGAAUCUUGGUAGAAUAUCACAUUCGACAGCGUCGAAGAGCAUUAUCGAGUUUCAUGAGUUUUGCGAAAGGCAGAAGAAGCGGAACUAG